AUGAUCCAACAAACAUAUUCUGUAUUCAUUUUCUCAAUAGAUUUUAAAAUUCUUUUUUUUUUUUUUUUUUUUUUCCCCAUUUUUUGGAAGAUAAAAAUAAACAAUCAUAGUUUUUUUGUUUUUUCUUUUUGUUUUUAUUAUUAUUUAAAAUACAAAUAA